AUGGCGAAGGAAAAAGAGGAAGAACACGAAUCGCUGAAUGCCAUCAAACUCAAACCAAGAAUUACUUUAUUUUCGGGAUGUGCAAUUAUAAUUGGUGUAAUUGUUGGAUCAGGAAUCUUUGUUUCACCAAAAGGUGUUCUUCUCGAAGCUGGUAGUAGUGGAAUGGCUCUUUUAGUUUGGUUUAUGAGUGGUGUUUUUGCUAUGAUUGGUGCAAUUUGUUAUAGUGAAUUAGGAACACUAAUUCCAAAAUCUGGAGGAGAUUAUGCAUAUAUUUAUGAAGCUUUUGGCCCAUUGCCAGCAUUUUUAUUUUUAUGGGUCGCAUUGGUUAUUAUUAAUCCAACAUCUUUGGCAAUCAUUGGAAUUACGUGUGCCACUUAUGCUCUUCAACCAUUUUACUCGUGUCCAAUUCCAGAUGUUGUUAUCAAUAUUUUUGCAGCUGCAAUCAUCGGUAUUUGUUUCUUAUGUUUGAAAUCGAAUAAUUCAGAUAAUUCCAGCUCUUCUAACAUUUAUUAAUUGUUGGGAUGUUCGCGCUGCCACCAGAACCAAUGAUUUUUUCACAAUCACAAAACUUCUUGCACUUAUCACAAUUAUUUCAUGUGGUGUAGUUUGGCUUGUUCUUGGAAAUAUUGAGAAUUUGACAAUGCCGGAUAUUGGAGAAGGAACACAAACAAAACCAUCCGCAGUUGCAAUGGCAUUUUAUUCAGGAGUUUUCUCGUUUUCCGGAUUUUCGUAUUUGAAUUUUGUAACAGAAGAAUUGAAGAAUCCAUUCAAGAAUUUGCCAAGAGCUAUUUAUAUUUCAAUUCCGAUGGUUACAAUCAUCUAUAUGUUGGUAAAUAUCGCUUAUUUUUCAGUUCUGACAGUUGAUGAGGUAAGAAGAAGAAGCUGAAAUUGAAAUAAUUUAAAAACAAAUUUUAUUUUUAGAUUCUUGAAUCUGACGCUGUUGCAAUCACAUUCGCAGAUAAAAUGAUGGGAUCGAUUGGUUCCAAAGUUCUUAUGCCAAUAUUUGUCUCAUUUUCUUGUGUUGGUUCACUCAAUGGUAUUUUGAUCACUUGUUCAAGAAUGUUUUUCUCUGGUGCAAGAAAUGGUCAACUUCCCGAGUUGUUCGCAAUGAUAUCAAUUCGUCAAGUAACUCCUAUUCCAUCAUUGAUUUUCCUCGGUGGAACAUCAAUUAUUAUGUUGUUCAUUGGAAACGUUUUCGAACUUAUCAAUUAUUUAUCAUUUGCUGAAUCACUUGUUGUUUUUGCUUCAGUUGCUGGUCUUCUCAAACUUCGAUAUUCUCUUCCAAAAGAACAACUUGAAACUCGCCCAAUUAAAAUCAAUAUAAUCUUCCCAGUUGUAUUCUUUAUUAUGUGCCUCUUCCUUCUAAUUCUUCCAUUUUUCCAUAAUGAGCCAUAUGAAUUGGUUUAUGGUGUUCUUCUGGUUCUUUCUGGUAUUCCAAUUUAUCUUCUUUUUGUUUCUAAUCAAUGGCGCCCUGCAUUCUUUCAAAAAAUCUGGAUCGCUUUCACUCAUUUCGUACAGAAAUUGUUCUAUUGUAUUCCAGAAUUGAGCAGUACUUAG